AUGGCAACCCCCCGCCGUAAUGGUCAAUUAGCCUCCUGUGAGCCAUGCCGUAUGUCAAAGUUGCGAUGCGAUCAUACCAGCCCUAUUUGUGAACGCUGUGAGCGCCGCGGUCUUCAUUGUACAUAUCACCCGGCACCGUUGACAAAGCCCCUCACUGGAAUACGACCCGAAAAGAAACGCCGCGUUGUGUGCGAAUCAGAUUCUGCUAGUAAUGCUAGCCGACUGCAGAAUGAGAACGACGUCUGGACUCGGAAACAAGCAUCUGUCUCCGCUCCGGGAUUUCUCGGGCAAACUAGUUACUCCGAUGCGUUUACAGAUACCAGAAAUGGUCUCCUUGUCGGAGUUCCAUACCUCACAAGCCACGAUAACUUUCCCGUUGACCAAAAGCGGAUCAAUCUCGGUGCUCGGGUCUUGGCGCUUCUAGAGAACCUCUCAUUUUAUAGAGAUGUGGUCACCGCUCGAUUCAAGAUAUGGAAGGGAUGGAGUCUUGGCUGGCCAGUCACCAACAUGAUUUUUACUGUCGUUGAGAAGAUGUGGAACUCCCUAGAAAAUGAGGGUAUGGACACAAACGAACGGGCUUUAUUCUUGUCUAAGAAACUAUUUGAAACGCAUAGCCGGGGACUUGAGGUGCACCCUUCAAUGACCUGGGAAGACUUCCAGUCUGCAGCUGCUGGAAGAUGGGAAUUGAUUGGGAUGAUCUUUACUUUGACAGGCCUAGCUACUGACUGGGUCCCUCACAGCGACCCAAUCUUUAUGCGUCAGAAUACGAUGGAUCCAAAGAGUCUGGCUAUAACCGCAACCGCUGUAGGAGAUAUUUGCCUUCAGUUUUGCGAUAGCAGUGGAAUUGUGAAUGAUAUUGUAGGCUGGCUGCUAUUGCAUCAGGUCAGUCUUUUGGCAAUAGUCUAUGGAGAGAGUGGUCGCCCGCCCCUUAUCAGUUGGCGGUACUGUGAUAUCCAGAUGCCACUUGACUUGAGCGUUGAGGAAAUAUUUGCCGAUUCAGUUGUUCGUGAUGCGGCAAUCGCUCGAUUGGAUGAGAAGAGCGGAUGGAAUCUGGAAUCCAGUUUGAUGAAGGGCACGUGGCCACGAAUUGCCUUGAUCACAAGCGUUCUCCGUGAGAAGGUCUUGGAACUUUCAUUAAGUUGCCAACUCGAUAAUCUUAGCCUAAGGGUCGAGCAGCUUUCACGCGAAUCCCGAGAAUUACGACAGGGACUGCCAGAAUUCCUUCAUUGGAAACCCGAUAUUGACGGCCUUGUCUUUUCGAGGGUAGAAUAUGAUCUCCUCUUCGGGAUUCAUAUAGAGUUUCUCGACAACGAUUUCCUGCUGUACCAAACCCUCGCUAGACGUACCCAGACACAGCCCGAGGCAAUUAUUGGCAUCGCUCGAGAGAUACUCAAAGCAUUGGUCACUAUGAUUUCCGAGAAAAUUCGCUCUAGGCAGCCUAUCAAAGAUAUUGCAUUUAAUGUGUGCUUACCGGGUCUCCCUUCGGCCGGUCUUCUCUGUGCGGAAUUACUGCGUCAAUCCCGAUCGACGGUGAUAAGCUCUUUUCCGGGGUUUCCUCGCUCAGAGAUCAUUCAGAAUUUAACCCUUUUCGCGGCCUAUCUGGAUACCAUCAUUAAGCCCCAUGACGGUAACUACCGUGUCGCACAGCAGGGUCAGAGGGCGAUCCGUCAUGUCUUGGACCAAGUACUGUCCGUUGAAGGUCUAUCCUCGAUUGUAGAAGAUACUAGAACAAGUGAGAAAUUGAUUAGUGAUGCGAGCUUGCUUGACGGGGUGAAUUUCGACGAUCAUGACUUAUUUCUUGGUUGGCUUGAUGGCAAUAUGCAACACAUGUCCGACUCUUGGCUAGGAUGGGUGAAUUUUACUUGA